UAUUUUUUAUAUUAUUUUUUUAUUUUUUUUUUUUCGUGUUGCGCCCUUUUUUCUUUCACUCCCAUUCCGCGAUUUUUAAGAGCACCAACCCACGCGUGCAUCGAAAUCCCCUUGGAAGAACCACCAGCACAAACCCAAAUCCAAAUCCAUAAAAAACAUGGGCUCGCUCUUCAGAUCCGAGGAGAUGAGCCUCGUCCAGCUCAUCAUUCCGGCGGACGCGGCGUUCGAAACGGUGGCUGAUCUUGGCGACAUUGGCAUUGCGCAGUUCCGCGAUCUCAACCUGGGCGUGUCUCAGUUUCAACGACACCAAGUGAGCAACCUGCGCCGAUGCGAGGUGGUGGAGCGAAAACUCGACUUUUUCGAAGCCUUGUACGCCAAGAACGCGCUGCCGGCCCCCAUCAUUGACGAGGUAAACUUUGACGAGCUGUCGGGCAAGCAGCCGCUCGAGGCACCGGCCUCGCGGGAGGAGAAGGAGCUUGCCAAACUCCAAAAGCGACAGGCGGAUCUGCUUGCCCGCCACCCGCAACUGGCCACCCGCAUGUCUUUCCUGUCCAGCUCGUCCUCGGCCUCGGCCUCGUCUGGUGGACGCCAGUCUGUCGACCACAUGCUUGCUUCGUCGGUCAGCAACGGCAGCAGCCCCGGACCGAGCUCGACGACCAACCUUGGUCUGCAGCAGCACCUUCGCGUGCAGGAACUGGAAGAACUCGAAGUGUUGGUCGCCGAGCACGAAAAGGAUUUGCGCGACCUGUCAGACAACGAGGCUCGCCUCCAGAACACCAAGCUCGAUCUCGUUACGCGCCUGCAGGUGCAUGUGCACCUGAAUGAGUUUUUGAAUACCGUUCGCGAGGACUUGGAAGCGCACGGCGUUCAUGACGAAGACACGACGCUUCUCGACGUCCAUGACGUUGAGGCCCAAGUCCCCGCGGCGACAGCCGAACGCGGCGGUGUUCGCUUUAGCUUUGUCGCCGGCACCAUCGACUCUAGCCGGCUGACGGCGUUCGAGAAAAUCCUGUGGCGAGUGAGCCGCGGCAACGCGUUUGUUCGCACCGUGCCAUUGAUUCCCCAGACCAACGUGUUCACUCUGCAAGAUGGAGCAGGCGGCUCGACCAGUGGUGGUGCGUCAUCUUCCCUUCAGGACGUUUUUGGCGAUCGUCAGAUCCACAUGUUUUGCGUCUUCUUCCAAGGAACGCAGUUGGAAACCCGCAUCAAUCGCAUCGCGCUAUCGUUCGAUGCCACCAUUGUGCAGUGCUCCGACUUGCCGGCUGUUCGAAAUGCCGUCGUGACAGACACGCAGCGGUCGCUGGAGGAGCUCGAUGGCGUGUUGCGUCAACUGCGAUCCCAACGACAAAAGCUGCUCGUUCUGGUGAGCGACAGCCAUGUUCAUUGGCUCUUCCGCCUCCUCAAGAUCAAGGCCACCUAUACAAUUAUGAACCACCUUCAGCACGAGUCCAAAGGCGCUCGGUACAUGAUUGCCGAGGUGUGGGUCCCAACCGACGAGUUGGGCAUUUUGCGCGCCUCGGUCAUCGUUUCGACCCAACGCGCCUCCGCCGCAGCACUGACGAUCGUCACCCCGCUGCCAUUAACUGGGAAGAAGCCGCCGACAUUCAACCGCGUCAACAAAUUCACCGCCGGCUUCCAGAACAUUGUCGACGCGUUCGGCAUCGCCAACUACCGUGAGGUCAAUCCGGCACCCUUCACUGUCAUCACUUUCCCCUUCCUCUUUGCCGUCAUGUUUGGUGAUUUUGGCCAUGGCCUGAUCAUGUUCCUUGCCGCGCUCUAUCUUGUGCGCAACGAGGUGCAGCUCGUCAAGUUUAAGCGCGAAGGCGGUGAAAUCUUCAGCACGCUCUUUGGCGGCCGGUACAUUGUCUUGCUCAUGGGCCUCUUCUCCAUCUACACGGGUCUCAUCUACAAUGACAUUUUCGGAAAGGGAGUGGACAUCUUUACCACCGGCUGGGACAUCCCCUCGGUCACGGAAGUCAACGGGACCAUGUUUGCCGGCACGUGGAACGGAACGUACUAUGACGGCAUCAACGCGUCCAUGCCAGAUUCACUCGACUUUGACCCGACGUGGAUGCAGCACCCGUACGUCAUUGGCAUCGACCCAGUCUGGCACGUGGCCGAAAAUCGCCUCACCUUCCUGAACCCGUACAAGAUGAAGAUUUCGGUCAUUCUGGGCAUUCUGCACAUGGAGUUUGGCAUUGCCCUGAGUGUGUUUAAUCACGUGCACUUUGGCAACUACCUCAGCAUCUGGGCAGAGUUUAUCCCGCAAGUCCUGUUUUUGACGUGCAUUUUCGGCUACCUCGUGUUUAUGAUUAUUUUCAAGUGGCUCACCUACUGGCCUGGCUCGCAAGCGCCCUCGUUGCUCAUCACGCUGAUCAACAUGUUCUUGAAGUUUGGCUCUAUCGAGAAGGACGACGUGCUCUACCUGACGGCCGAUGCUCAAGCGCAAGUCCAGUCCGCGCUGGUCAUUGUGGCCCUGAUGUGCGUUCCGUGGAUGCUUCUCGCCAAACCGAUCGUGCUGUACGGCCGCCACAACAAGGAAACGUUGGGGCACAGUCUUCCAGUCCGCUUGGAGCGCCUUCGGAUUGCCAUUGCCAACCUCUUCCUCCGAAUUCGGUGCGCUCUGACCGGCAAGGCCUUCGUGCCAGUCCUGUACAAUGCGGCACGCCACGCUUCGUUGGUGAACAAUCGAAGCUCGCAUGAUUCGUCAUCGAAUUCCAGCGACACCCCGCCUGGUGGAGCUUCGCCCGUUCCGGAAAGGUCUCAUGCUGACAAGCACCACGAGCCAGCCGUCGAGCACGUCCGAGCCUUUGACGAAGAGGAACCCGAAUCGCACGAGAUGGGCGAGAUCAUGGUGCACCAGUGCAUUCACACGAUCGAAUUCUGCCUCGGCUGCAUUUCCAACACCGCGUCGUACCUUCGCCUUUGGGCCUUGUCGCUUGCGCACGCUCAGCUUUCUGAGGUCUUGUGGCACAUGAUCAUGGCGUCUGGGUUGAAAGGAAACAUUGCCUUGCUCUUUUUCGCUUGGGGCGCUUGGGCCGUGUUGACUAUCUGCGUGCUUCUUAUCAUGGAAGGCUUGUCUGCGUUUUUGCACGCGCUUCGGUUGCACUGGGUUGAAUUCCAGAACAAAUUCUACGGAGGUUCUGGCUACAAGUUUGCUCCCUUCAGCUUCCGAACGGCCCUUCUGCAGGCAGAAGAAUGAUGAUACAGUAUUGACAUUUGGCCAACAACAUUUUGGAUUUCUUUUUUUUUUUUUUUCUUUUUUGUCAUAAGAAAAAAAACACGAAAGGAAAACAACAGCAAUAUGAAUUCCAUGCAUCCA